AUUUUUAUAGUAGAGGUGUUCUUCCUCUUCGCAGUGCUUAAGAGAGUGAGCAGCAAGAGAAAAAAACAGUUAUGGAGGCAGAGGAGGAGCAACGACGCCGUUUAAAGAUUGAAGAGGCCCUUGAAAUCCAAUCCCUCAGACGCAUCAUUAGCGCUUACCUCAACUAUCCUGAUGCUGCAGAGGAGGAUGUUAGAAGAUAUGAAAGGUCCUACAGGAAGCUUCCACCGGCCCAUAAGGCUUUGUUACCCAACUAUCCUCAAAAGUUUCAAAGAUUACGCAGGUGUAUCUCAAUGAAUUCCCAUUUCAUAUUUGGCAUGCUUCAGGCAUUCGAACCUCCACUUGACAUGAGCCAGGACAUAGAAUUUAGUGAAGAUCCACAUCCCGAAUGUGCUGAAAAAGAUCAUUUAGUUUCUGAAGGGAUUAAUGCUUGCUCAUGUGAGUCAGUCCCUGUGAGAAUAACAUGUUCUGUGUCUAAUCAACAUUGUUGUGUGGAAGAUAGCAAUCAUACAUGCAGACCACAAGGAUUGACGUAUCCAAAUGAGGAGGUGGACAUUGAGAGUCGUCACCAGUCAAAUACUGGAAGCCUCUCUCCGGGCUCGAUAAAUACUAAAGAAACUACUGAAUAUUGUAGUGGAAGUUCUAUUACUGAUUCCAAUGGCAAUGUGCCAGUCACCUCAUCUCAGCAACAAUGGUUGGAGCCAUCUUUACGAUUGAAUGUUCCUUUAGUUGAUGUAGAUAAGGUACGAUGUAUUAUAAGGAACAUAGUUAGGGACUGGGCAGCAGAGGGUAAAAAGGAACGUGAUCAGUGCUACAACCCUAUUCUUGAAGAGCUUAAUAUGAUAUUUCCUAAUCGUAGUAAAGAGAGUCCACCUGCAUGUUUAGUUCCUGGUGCUGGGCUUGGUCGGUUGGCCCUUGAGAUUUCAUGUUUAGGAUUUAUCAGUCAGGGAAAUGAAUUUUCAUACUACAUGAUGAUAUGCUCGAGUUUUAUUCUUAACCAAUCCCAAACUGCUGGUGAGUGGACAAUUUAUCCUUGGAUUCACAGCAAUUGCAAUUCAUUAUCAGACAGUGAUCAACUUCGUCCUGUUUCAAUACCGGAUAUUCAUCCAGCCAGCAGUGCUGGAAUUACUGAAGGCUUUUCCAUGUGUGGAGGUGACUUUGUUGAAGUCUACAGUGAUUCAAGCCAAGUUGGUGCAUGGGAUGCAGUUGUGACGUGUUUCUUUAUUGAUACCGCUCAUAAUAUUGUCGAGUAUAUUGAAAUAAUUUCAAAAAUUUUGAAAGAUGGGGGAGUUUGGAUAAACUUGGGACCUCUACUAUAUCACUUUGCAGAUGUGUAUGGACAGGAAGAUGAGAUGUCCAUUGAAUUGAGUUUGGAAGAUGUUAAGAGUGUCGCAGUAAGUUAUGGAUUUGAAUUUGAGAAAGAAAGCACAAUUGAGACAACUUACACCACAAAUCCUAGAUCAAUGAUGCAAAAUCGCUAUUUUGCUGCAUUUUGGACAAUGAGAAAAAAAUCUGGUAUAGGGCAAUUGCAUGUGCGCUGAAAAUGGAGGAUGUGACUAUGAUUAUCCUUUCUUUUAUUUUAUUUGAUGAGGAUUUAUAAUUUUCUUGAAUGCAUCAAACUCUGAUGAUUUA